AUGGUGCCCAGUCGCACCAACGUGACUGCCGGGAUCCCCAGUAGCAAAGUGAAAUACUCAAAGCUCUCCAGCACUGACAGUGGACACAUUCAUCCUCACAUAUUAAAGUUUAAGAGAAGCUCUACUAAGAUUCCUUAUAAGGCCAUUGCCUGUGCCACCGCGCAGUUUUUGAUUGGUACCUUUCUCGUUAUCGUGGGCUGCCUCCUGCUGGCGGGCCACAUCAGCAAAGUGGGCGCCAACCGGGCCGUUCCGGUUCUGAUUGUUGGCAUCCUCGUGUUCCUGCCCGGGUUUUACCACCUGCUCAUCGCCUACAGAGCGCACCGAGGCUGCCAGGGCUACUCCUUCAGUGACCUUCCGACCUGUGAUGACUAG